AUGGCGUACAACUCGUGCAGGUCCCUUGUCUACGCAUGCCUGGUGCUAGCAACACCAAUGUGUGCGUUCAUCCACGACGUGUCACCGGGCCUGGCAAGCCUGGUGUGGCGCUUCAUCAACUUCGUCUUCGCCCAUCUAUACAUGCCCGAUGCUGGCAACACCGACGCGUGCCUUUCUAGACAUGGAGGCGGUGGAGUUGUCGGCGCCUCGGCGGUGGUGAGCUGCGAGUGCUGCGGCCUGGGGGAGGAGUGCACCGGCGAGUACAUAGUCCGCGUGAGGGCCUACUUCGGGGGCCGGUGGCUGUGCGGGCUGUGCUCCGAGUCCGUCAAGUACGAGGCCGGCCGCAGCAAGCGCGCGGCGGCGAUGGGCGUGGAGGAGGCCGUGCGGGCGCACAUGGCCUUCUGCCGCAUGCUCAGGCGCGGCGGACCCGCGGAGCGCGUCGCCGAGGGCAUGUGCCAGAUGCUUAGGCGGCGCACCGCGUGCGGAAAGUGCCAGGUGGCCAUGCCAUCGUCCUCAUCGCGGACGACGCCGGCGCCGGUGGCGCCGCUGUCGAUCGGUUUCUGAAUCUCUCAUCGAGCCUUUGUCCAAGAGGACGCACGCACGGGCCGGCGGCGACCGCCCGCCUGCGUUGAUGUCUGGCUCUUUAUUUUCAUAAGUGAAUGCUUCGGCGUACGUCUUCCUCCUCGCCUCAGAGCGCAAGCUAGCUACCUAUAUAGUACUCCGGAAACUACGCACAAGUGUUGGAGUUCAUUUCUAUGUGUAAGUUUCUGUCGAUCGAUCCGAUGAAACUUAAUUACCGUACGAGGUUUAAUUUGUGUAUAUACGAAGUUAAAUCAAGUUCGAUUAAUCAUCUCCCGAGGAUCUUGAUGAAGAAACCUAUCGGCCGGCUUCUGCCGAGCUAUUCUUGGCAGUCAAUUAUAUAUUAAUCCAUCGGUGCGAUCGAUCUGCUUCCAAAUUC